AUGCGCAUCGCUCUUGUUCUAUACAGCCUUCUGUGCGGCUCUGCUGCUGCCCGCUCCCUCUCUUUUUUCAGGGGCCAACGGAGAAGCGGGAAAACUGAUCCCAAUGCGCCUUCAGAUUGCACCCUUUUCGACGAUGCAGUAACAAAGGACUAUGACUGCGGAUACUUUGAGGCCACCUGGGGGAUUUCACAUCAAGACUUCGUGAAAUGGAAUCCUUCCGUGGGAGAGAACUGCGAUGGCAUCGUGGUUGGAAAUUCCUACUGUGUGGAAGUCAAUUACGGGCUGCCUCCAACGGGUACGUCCAUGAUGACCACUAUGAAGCCAACGCCAACCGGCUCGCCUAUCCCAUCACCCACCCAAAGCGGCAUUAUCGACAGUUGCACCAACUUCUACCAAGCCGCUUCGGGUGACAACUGUGACAGCAUCGUCAGGAAGUUCGGCACUUUCUCACUUGAAGAUUUCUAUGCCUGGAAUCCGGCGGUGGGAAGUUCAUGCACGGGGCUCUGGGCUGGGUACCACUAUUGCGUGGGCAUUCCAGGAACACCGAGUCACCCGCCAACUACCACGUCUGCGCCAAUGACCACGACGACAAUUCCUGCUGGGCCGUCACCAACGCAGGACGGUAUCAUCUCCACUUGCACGAAGUACCACAAAGCGGUCUCCGGUGAUACCUGCUUCGGUAUAGCUACAGCCUUUGGCACCUUUACUGUGGAAGAGUUCGUAGCCUGGAACCCGGCGGUUAAGAGCGACUGCAGCGGCAUGUGGGCUGGUUAUUACUACUGUGUCGCCAUUCCAGGUACCCCCACUGCGAAGCCGACAAUGACCACGACCACGUCCAGCAAAACGCCGACCCCGACUGGGCCUUCGCCGACGCAGGAUGGAAUUGUUGCGAACUGCAAAGCGUACUAUAAAGCUGUGUCAGGGGAUAAUUGUGCAGUUAUUGCUAGCCGUUAUGGCACAUUCACAUUGGAGCAGUUCAUCGAGUGGAACCCCGCUGUUAAACCUGACUGCUCCGCAAUCUGGAUUGGAUAUUAUUAUUGUGUUGGUCAGUUAUACAAUAUCUACGGUUAUGUCAGUAUCAACCGCUAA